AUGGAGGACUGCAGGCGUGCCAUGGCCUUGAGGGCCGUGUACGCGAUUGGUGCGCGCCAGGUCGAAAUGGCAGUCACCUAUUACACGGCAGUAACGGGCAAUGGCUGGAGACUCAUCAAAAAAGUGGACUAUGAGGAGAACCGUCAAGCGAGUAUGGCGACGCCAGCCUACACCGCCGCUAUGGCGCGUGCCGACGACUGGCGUUCUCCCACUCCCCGCCCUCAGCCCGAGACCAAGGACAAGCUCCCUCAGCACCUCCUGUCACUUUCACACGUGCCAACCCACCUGCGACCACCCUUUGCUGGCCUUCUCUCCAGAACCACUCGCCCCGACCUCAAUGCGAUCGAGACCGAGAUGCGCAGAAUGCAGAGCGCCAGCCUCUUGCCCCAUCGCACGGUACAUCUCUCACGCGAGGAGGACUGGUUGGGACACCCACCCUGCGCUGUCGCGUUCCAAGCUCGCCGGACCCAUGCUGACGCUGUGCCCCGGGUCGGUGGUUCAGUGUGGGAGGGCGCUGACGAUGAGGACCCGUACCCUGGUCAGAACCUCUUACGCGGCCUCGGUCUCGACUACGCUGAGGAGCGUAACCCUUACGUCAAGAAGUCUGCGGGCCGCGACCUUGACGAGACACACGACAGCGUGCAGGUGUUGGGCCACAUCGAGGCGCCGACCUGGGCCACCCUCAACCUCCCCCAAUCCGGUCCCGACUUGUACUGUGAAUCAACCCUGCCCCUUUGGGGUUCCAGCUACGACAUGAAGACCAGGCGCAAGGAGCUGCAGAAGAUGUCGAUCUUGGACCGGGCAGACAAUUCGACCUUGACAAUCGACUAUCGCAAGGACUCUGGCCAAGGCAACUCCAUGGACGUUGACGCUCCACUCUCGGGUGAGUAUGACGUCUCCGGAAUUGGACGCGAAGAAGACCCAUUCGCCCCUGCCGAAGAGUUUGUCGAGGACUUUGAUGACGAGCUCCCCUUCUGGGAUGCAUAG